UAUACCCACACACUGCAAUACACACUGUGACACCACCACCCACUCAUUAGCACUGCGACACACACACACACACUCUCCACCCCCACCCGCACUGCAACACACAAUGCACGACACCCUACCGGAAUCAGGCGAUUGACUUCUCCCUCAUGGCCUGGGGCCUCACCGGGCAGAAUAAUAAUCCGAUCACACAACAGGUCGAACUUUAUUAUCCGCCACUCAGCACCAGCUGAAGGAAGAGACACCACCAGCUAGAGAGAGGAAAAAGGGAGAGGGUGAAGAAGAAAGAGGGGGAAGCUAUUCUUUAAAACUUUCUUUCCAGCAGCGUUGACAUGAUGACAGUUCCCUUGGGUGGGGCAGUGGAUGAAAGCUUUUCAUAGAGGGGAUAGCUGGAUCCUUUCUCCAUUGGAUGGUUUUACUCAUUUUGCCUCGUGCUACAGGUGUAAAGGUAUAAGGAAGGGACCCUGAUCACCUGACAAGGGACAUUAAGACUUCAGAUACAGCUCCACCUCAUCUUCAGUUUCUCCUUCUCCCUGUGAAGUACACUGGUUAAGGACAAAAAGGACCAGACACACUAACCGAGGCUCAAUUUGACCGUACAUCAUUUGACCACACAUGGUGGACCGUACAUAGUGGACCGUAUAGGAUUGUGAGGACCGGUGGUUCAACCUGAGUGAACUGUGGUCCAGUGAACCGUGGUUCCGCCCUAUGGGGAAGACUGGUAAGAGCACAGUGGACCUCAACUCCCCGACAGAGGUCAAACAGGCAGUCCCAUUCGAGGUCAUGGAGAUGGUGGCAUCCCCGGAUGGCGAGGAGAAGGAGGAAGUACUCCCUGACAGGGGCUCCUGGAAGGGCAAGUUUGACUUCCUGUUGUCAUGCGUGGGCUACGCCAUCGGCCUGGGGAACGUCUGGAGGUUCCCUUACCUGUGCGGCAAGAAUGGAGGAGGGGCUUUCCUGAUCCCGUACUUUCUCACCCUGGUGUUUGCUGGUAUACCUCUGUUCCUGUUGGAGACGUCACUGGGCCAGUUCACCUCGGUGGGGGGGCUGGGGGUGUGGACCAAACUAAUGCCUAUGAUGAAAGGCGUUGGUCUGGCCUCAGUGGUGCUCUCCUUCUGGCUCAACAUCUACUACAUUAUCAUCAUCGCAUGGGCCCUCUACUACCUCUUCAACUCCUUCAGAGAGGAUUUGCCGUGGGAGGGAUGUGAUAACCCGUGGAACACAGAGAAGUGUUUCUCCAACUACAGUUUGACAGACACUACCAACCUCACCAGUGCCGUCACUGAGUUCUGGGAGCGGAACAUGCACCAGCUGUCCAGUGGUCUGGAGGAGCCUGGUGAGGUACGCUGGCCCCUGGCUGGAACUCUGGCUCUGUCCUGGAUCCUGGUCUACUUCUCUAUCUGGAAAGGAGUAGAGUGGACAGGGAAG